GGUCGGGCUUAAAACUGGGCAAAUUCAAGACAGCCAGAUAACGAUGACGUCACUGCCCUCUAACACGUCAGCGUACAAGGCCAGGCUAUACAGGGGAUCUGGGUGGAGUCCAAUAACUUUUCUUGAGGUCCAAGACACUCUUAUACUCCUGUCAUCGAACUAUGUACAGAUAGACCUGAAGGCAGUGUGGAAUGUAUUAAUGGCAGCGGUUACCGGAGUGCCAAGGGAAAGUCCAAUUCCCUUUAGUACAAUAGCGAUGUCCUUUAGCAUGGAGGGAUUUGAGUGGAAAACAAGGGUGGACCCCCACAGACAGCAGAUUAUUCCUGAAAUCAACAAAGAACAAGUAACGGUUGCCAUGGCAUUGAUGAGUGUCGAGAGGGCUCGCUAUGUACGGAUUAAUAUACCCCCGUAUAGACGUACGGACGGCGCUAGCAUGGCUUUCACUGUUGAGAUAUUUGCCUGCGGUGCAUCAACAGUUAUCAGUGGAGGACCUGUUGCAGUAGGUGUGGCAUCUCGCUUAGCCAUUCCAGACUCGCACUUGACCUCUCCGUCCAGCAUCGAUGCUCUGCAUGGCCCGGAACACGCCAGACUCGACACAAAAGUCGCCGGUGGGGGGUGGUGUGCGGUGACAUGUGACCCGACAGCUUUUCUCCAGAUCGACCUUGGAAAAUCAUGGGAAAUAACUAUGGUUGAAGUACAAGGAAAACACACUACUACGGGACAUCUUUCUGGUGUCCAAUCUUUUACCCUCUCGAGCAGUGUGGACGGUGCAGCCUGGGUACCAGUACAACAAGACGGGGCUGUUAAGGUGUUUAUUGGUAACUUUGUGGAAAACAUGUCAACAAAGCAUAAGCUGAACCAGCCAUUCACGGCCAGAUACGUCCGGUUUGAGCCCAGGACCUGUAGUGAGAAUGCGUGCCUGCGCGUUGAGCUGUACGGCCACACAGUUGGAGAAACUGAAACUCCGAACGUCUUUGAAAGAUCAAUGCUUCUGAACAAGGGAUCUGGUGAAUUGUUUGUUUGUUUAACUGAAGUUCCAAGAAAUAAGCCACAUUGUCACGUGACCAAAGACAGAGGCUCCAGCUGGACAUCAUUAUCUUCUCAAAUAAUGAACAUUGUCGCGUUCGACAAAGAUGAUAAGAGCCUGUACGGUCUUUCAAAGAAUAUGACACACACGAGAAGCAAGGACGGCAUCAACUGGGCAUCGGUGACGAACCGGAAGUGGAAAGCAAUCAGAAAUAGACCAUCUCUGACCACAGCACGCGAAAUCCCCUUUAUACCGCUGACCAACGCACUUGAGCCCAUAGUGCAGCUAAAAAGUUACGCGGGCGAUACGUGGAUUGCCAAUCAGAUAGGAGUGUACCACAAGCCACCCGGGGGAGUAGCACAGAUGAAGGCGUCUUUUCUACCACACCCUGCAAAUCGUUAGUACAUACAUCAUACGUACGUCACAAGGCGUGUCUUUUCUACCACACCCUGCAAAUCGUAAGUACAUACAUGAUACGUACGUCACAAGGCGUGUCUUUUCUACCACACCCUGCUAAACGUAAGUACAUACAUCAUACGUACGUCACAAGGCGCGUCUUUUCUACCACACCCUGCUAAACGUAAGUACAUACAUCAUACGUAGGUCACAAGGCGUGUCUUUUCUACCACACCCUGCUAAACGUAAGUACAUACAUCAUACGUACGUCACAAGGCGCGUCUUUUCUACCACACCCUGCUAAACGUAAGUACAUACAUCAUACGUCACAAGGCGCGUCUUUUCUACC